GAGAGAGAGAGAAUAAUUAAGAACCAGGGUCUUUGGGAGCGGGACCCACUUUCUGAAAUCUUUGACAGGAACGGCAGUUUCGUUACAUCUCUCAUUUCUUCCUUGUUCCUCUUCCUCCUUCUCUCUCUUCCCUGUUUUUCCUUCUCAAAUUCACCUUUUCCAACUCCACCAUCACUCUCCCUAUCUCUCUCUCAGAAAUUUUCUUGGGCUGGAGGCAGGAAGGAGAAGAAAAGCAGAGCAGUAGUGGGAGUGGGAGUGACAAACAACAACCAAACCUUCUCUCCUAACCCAUUAAAAAUUGGAGAAAAUAGAGAAAAAAGUAAGAAAGAUGGGAGCUUUGUGUGCUUAUGGUUCCUGGGUGUGAAUUUGUAAGGCCAAAAGUCUUACCUUUCACACUAACAUUUCUUUUACUAGUCUAUCUAAUCCUUACCCAGACCGCGGACGAUGAACCCACCAGUCUAUCUCUCUUGUGUCCAGCGACUACACUGCGGCUAGUCCACUCUAAGUGAAACCAUUCUGCGGUAACUGGAAUCUGGGGUCCAGAGAAUUUCCAGGGAAGCAACUUUUGAUCAGAAUAGGGUUCUUGUCCCAUUAACUUGGCUUAAGCUGAAUAGGGGUUCUUUAAAAUUUCUUUCUAAGAACUGGAGAUAUUCUGGAAAUUCGAGGGAGUGGGAGCUUCCAUGGUUUUUUGUUGAUAGUGUGAGGGUUUUGGUGGGUGUUUAGAUUAGUUGCCUAUUUAGUCUAUUUUGGGGGAAAUUGGAAUGGAGGAAGUUGAGGAAGCCAACAGGGCAGCUGUAGAGAGCUGCAAUAGGGUUUUGAAUUUGUUAUCCCAGCCCCAAGAUCAAGUCCAGUACAGGAAUUUGAUGGUGGAAACUGGAGAUGCUGUGUUUAAGUUCAAGAAAGUCGUUUCUCUUCUCAAUACUGGUUUAGGUCAUGCUAGGGUCCGGAAAGUCAAGCCAUUCCCCACUGCUGCUUUGUCCAAUAACAACAUUUUCUUGGAUAAUCCAAUUCAUCGAACAGCAGGUCAGGCGCUGCCGCCUUCCAAGGGUCCCCAGUUUCUACAGACCAGUGGUUACCUUGAAACCCAUCAUCCUAUUCAAGAAAUGGGUUCAACUGCUAAGACAGCCUUGUGCUUGGGAAAUUCUACUUUGGAGUUGAGCUCAAAUGGGAAAACCCCACUCAAUGUGGCUCAACAACCAGCAUCUGCACAUUAUCACUUCCUUCAGCAGCAGCAGCAACAGCAGCUACAAAGGCUGCAACUCCAGCGGCAGCAGCAAAUGAAGCAGCAUGCCGAAAUGAUGUUUAGAAGGAGUAAUAGUGGGAUUAACCUGAAUUUUGAUAGUUCUAGCUGCACGCCUACCAUGUCGUCCACUAGAUCUUUCAUGUCUUCCUUGAGUGUAGAUGGUAGUGUGGCUAACAUGGAAGGUAGUUCAUCAUUCCAUUUGAUCGGUGCACCCCGUUCUUCGGACCAGAGUUCACAGCUGCAGCAUCACAAGAGGAAGUGCUCUGCCAGGGGUGAAGAUGGAAGUGUGAAAUGUGGAAGCAGUGGCAGGUGCCAUUGUUCUAAGAAGAGGAAACAUAGGGUGAAGAGGUCGAUCAAGGUUCCUGCAAUUAGCAACAAGCUUGCAGACAUUCCUCCUGACGACUAUUCAUGGAGAAAGUAUGGGCAGAAGCCAAUCAAGGGUUCUCCUCACCCUAGGGGAUACUACAAGUGCAGCAGCAUGAGAGGUUGUCCAGCGAGAAAACACGUCGAGAGAUGCCUGGAAGAACCAUCGAUGCUCAUUGUUACGUACGAAGGCGAACAUAACCACCCUAGGGUGCCGUCACAGUCCGCAAAUACGUAGGAGGGAAGGAAUCACGAGGAGCAUAACUUAUCGGAAACGGUUCCCUGUACAUAAUUCGGCUUGGUCCAUGCCUGCCUGGUGAUGAUGUGUGUUUUGGAGCAGCAGGGGAGUUUUCGUGUUUUUGUUUUGUGAGGGGCUGUUGGGAGAACAUGUCUCUCCAGCUACAUUGCGGUCUUUAGAUCCCAAUUCACUGGCCGCAACCUUGGCCCUUCAAGCUAGAAAAUGAAAGUAGAAAGAUCGAUAAUGGGGUCUCAAAAUUGUAAGAACUCGUUUUUUCUGUCCAUCUUUUGUCAUCUUUGAUUAUCAGGGUUGUUCAAAACUGUUGGCCGCAAUGUUUGAGGGCUUCUUGUGAUAUGCUUGCUAGUGAAAGUAUUUAUUAGUGUUCAUGGAGAUAAAUCUUAGCAACGCCUGGGGAUUUUAUUGCACAAUUAUUGCAGCACAGCAUAGGCCACAUAAUGUGAUAUUAAUAACCAUUAAUAUUUCGCGGUACAAAUUGGAUUGAUGAACCAUAAGGAUGUUUGUCUCUUUGUUUUUUUUUUUUUUUUUGUAACUUGUAAAAGAUACCCUUUAACUUGUACCUUAGAUG